AUGCCUGAAAUCCAAAAGGCAUCUGAGCCUGCACAUGAGGAUACGAAGGAAAAGUCGCCGGACCGGGCAGAAGAGCGGGAGCCUGCCGAUGAUGUGCUUGUAGAUUCAGAGGCGCUUCCCCCGGACCCUGGUGAACAUAAGUCUCGAAAGUACCACAAAGGUACAAAGCACGUCACCACCUCGAAUAACCCACGUCUUGUUAUUGAUGUUGUUCUCCGUCAGCCACCACUGGAUGAUGAUGAUGAUGAUGAUGAGAACUUUAUUUUGAUGGUAAUAUCAAACUUUCACCAGGUAGCCCACAACCGACAGACUCCGUUUUCCCAGACGAUUCCAAUUGUCCUGGCUAGCGGCGACAGCGCCCGCACGGUCUGUUGA